AUGACCUACUACCCAAAGGACACUUUUGAAAACGGAUCUGUCACAGUGACCGUUCGGUAUAAGUUGAACUUCCACACAGCUGCCUGCAUAAAUGAUGAAACAUGGAAUUGCCUCAGUGGUGAUUGUGGGACUGGAACCUACACUCUACAUGUGGUAAAACAGGAGAGCAGUGGAGACUGGUGUCAGAGAGAGGGAAUCAUGACUCGACAGGUUCCCAGCAACGCUCCGUUUGAACUUCGGUUGGAGGGUAGUGCAUGGAUAUCCAACGUCAAAAAUGGCAUUUCAUCAUGGAGAGCUGUGACUCGGGUGGAACUGAGGAACCGGUCCGACACCGGCAAAGCCAACACAUCACCUCAGACCACCAUCCUACCAGCUGUGGGAGUUCCUUCAAACUGUCAGAGAGAUUUCAGCCUGUUGAUGUUUGACCCUGAUGGAGACGAAGUUAAAUGCAGAUAUGGAAACUCUGCACUCUCAGAGUGUAACCCCUGCACUCCACCCUCUGUCCUCAGCCUCUCAUCAUCGUCUUGUACUCUGUCAUUCAGCCCCACCAACAGCAGUAAUGAAGGUUCGUAUGUAGUACAGCUGGUGAUGGAGGACUUCCCCAGACAGACCAUCACUCUGACUCAAACCAACGGGACACAAACAACAAUAACUACCAACGAUGCCAUCAGCAAAAUACCGAUUCAGUUUGCUUUGAAAGUUGAUCCUGCAGUGCCAUCCUGCACAGAAGGACUCUUUCUGCCCAAGUUUCUUCCUCCAACACCAACCAACGGAGCUCAGCUCUACAACAAUGUCAGUCAGACUCUGGAAAUUCACAUCACUGCAGAGGCACUUAACUCCACGGUCUCUGAGCUGCUCUACAGCGGGCCGUACAAUUUAAUCAGCAGUCCAUCAGGACCAGGACAGUUCACCCUGAGAUGGACACCAUCUGAAAGCGAAGAAGGACAAAGCCUCCCCAUCUGUUUUGCUGUCCAGGCAGUUUCUCGUGGGACCAAGUAUCACUCAGAGCUUCGAUGUGUCACUGUGACCGUUGUAAAAGGACCAGUAAUAACCACAACACCCGAAACGACUACACCCAGUGAACCAUCUUAUGUUCUCAAAUUGAAGAUUACCUCUUUGGUGGACUUGUCAAAAGUUGAUAGACAUUACUUACUUACACAGAUCAAAAAUGUGCUGAUAUCCAACGGACUGCCCCAAGACAUGAUCAUACGACUCAUGAGCAGCAAACCACAGAUUGGUGCAAUUGCAGCGCCCUCUACUGGCACAACAUGAACAUCUACUGACAACUUCUGGAACAUUUUAAUUUCAUCUGCUGAAUGAAGUUUUGUCUUCACUGUUCUUUAAAUAACUUAA